AUGACUUCACAUGCUACAGGCUCAGCAGUGGCACCAGUUAAAGUUAAUAACACUCAAUCGAUAUCACCACCCACUACUACUACCACUACUCCUAUCACUACUCCUAUCACUAAUAAAGCUAUCAAUAAUACUACUCCAACUACCAAUCCUGUCUUACCUUCCACUAUCACACCUUCACCUUCACCUUCACCUUCAAAUCAAAAUCAAAAUCAAAAUCAAGAUCGACUAGUCUCUUCAUCCAAUAACGAAAUCAUCACCCAAUCUUCGGUCGUUUCUUCACCUCAAACCAUUCCAGUCGAACCAUUAGCUUCAUCAUCUUCAUCACUUUCAAAUACUACCACAAAUGAUAAGAACGCAUUACCAGUAGUAGCAGUGGUGAUUAUUGCGAUUGUAGGAAGUGUGAUUGGAUUGUUUAUAGUUUAUAGGAUCUAUAGAAGACUGUUUUAUAAAUUUCAAAACCAUCGAUCAACUAAACCACCCAACAAGAAGAGUACGAAGAAUCCGAUUGAAGGAAGUCAUCAUGAUGGAUACGAUCAUUCAUCGGUUUCUCAAAUCAUCAGUCAUCAUCAAAUUGGAUCACAACAUCAAUAUCAUUCAAAAGCCAGUUUAGCUAGACAUUCGAUUUAUUAUCCUCAUUCUGGAAACCAAUAUCAUCAUGUAGAAGAACAAAUCUCAGAUUUAGGUUCGUAUUCUAUUGGAAUCAAAUCUUUAAAUCAAGCUGUUCAAGGUGAUCAUCAGGAUGAGAAUAGAUCAAUGUCGUCUUCUUUGUUACCAUUUGCUCAUCAUGAUGAAAGUCAAAAGACGUCACCUACUAAUCUUAACACAAAUCAAGAGUUGAUGAUCGGUUUAGAGAGUGGAUCAGAUGAUAGUCGACAAAUCUUACUUGGACCACCGUCUCAUUCGAAUGGAAGAAUAUCACCUUUACCCAUGAAUCCAUUACUUUUAACUAAAGAUCAUUCUACUUUAUCUACCAAUACGCUAAAACAAGCUACCAGACGUCAAUCGAUUCUUAGUCAUCAACACAGUGUCUCGAGAAAUGGAUCGACUGAUUUCGGACCAUCUAUGAUGGAUCAUCGGAUCAGUACGUAUCCUGCACAACAACCACCCAGAUCGAAUAGUAGGACAAGUCUAUAUGCUGGACCACAAUCGAGAUCGAACAGUCGAAUCGGUACAUAUGCAUCACAACAAUCAAGAUCGAAUAGUAGGAUAAGCAAUUCGGUUGGAUUACCACACCUGACUAAACCUAGAUACCAAUUAACCUUACCUACUCCUUUAUCUAAACCCACUGAAACGUUUAUGAAUGCACCAUACCAAACCGAUCGAUCAUUUCAAUCUGAUUCACAUCCAUCUGGAUCUAACCAUCGUCAUGAUCUUCAUCAUCAACAACUUGAUGAAUUCGAAAUCAAUUCGUUUACCCAACAACAACUUCAUUAUCAAAAUGAUGAUCACUAUGGUUCGAUCCCUCUUCAUUCUCAAAUCGGAUCUCUUUCAGGUGAAGAUCAUGAUGAGUUUGUGAACCCUAAUGAAAGUGGUGGUGGUGGUGGUGGUGGUGGUACAGCUGGUGGGAAUUUGAAACAUCAUGAUCAUUCGGUUGGAACUUCUCCACUUGAUUUACUUAAGAUUCAAUUCGCUCAUCAACCACAUAGUUUGAUUGAAAUGAUCAUUAGAAUGAGAGAAGUUUGUCGAAAUAAACAGGUCUUUAGGGGAAUGAGUAGUAGUGGUUUGACCAAUAGACCUUUUGUGAAACUUAUCAUGGCAUUCGGCGACAUUAUCAGGUUUGAAGAUUUCUGA